GAACAGAUGAGUUUUGAAUAAGCUGAAAAGCUAAAAGUGAUAGACAAACAGAAAUCAAAUGGCGAAGAAAGAAGACAGUGUGAAGCUUCUAGGGUUUUGGGCGAGCCCUUUCAGUCGUAGAGUUGAGAUGGCUCUCAAACUCAAAGGCGUUCCUUACGAAUACUUGGAGGAAGAACUGCCCAAAAAGACCCCUUUGCUUCUUGAGCUAAACCCGGUUCACAAGAAGGUUCCGGUUCUUGUCCACAAUGAUAAAAUAUUAUCCGAGUCACAUGUGAUCCUUGAAUACAUCGACCAGACAUGGAGUAACAAUCCAAUUCUACCUCAAGAUCCCUACGAGAAAGCCAUGGCUCGAUUCUGGGCCAAGUUCGUUGAUGAACAGAUCUUACCAGCAGGGUUCAUGUCCUUGGUAAAAGCAGAGAAGGGAAUAGAAGUUGCUAUCGAAGAGACUCGAGAACUGAUUAUGUUUCUUGAGAAGGAAGUUACUGGAAAAGACUUCUUUGGAGGCAAGACACUUGGAUUUUUGGACAUAGUCGCAGGAAGUAUGAUCUCAUUUUGUUUGGCUCGAGCUUGGGAAUGUAUGGGAAUUGAUAUGAUUUCAGAGGAGAAGUUUCCAGGACUGAACAGAUGGAUCGAAAAGUUGAAUGAGGUUGAAAUCGUGAGGGAAUGUAUACCUCCAAAAGAGAAACAUAUUGAGCGCAUGAACAAAAUUAUAGAGAGAACUAUGUCUUCAUAAACAAAGCCUACAAUGACUGUUACUCCUUUCUUUAUCAUGGACUUAUGUUGUAUUCGCUAUGCUUGUAUCGUUUGGUAACUGAAAUAAAAAUAAAGGAAUAUAGCUGCAUCGGUUUUUAUAUUCUAAAAACUAAAUACUGGUGCAGUUUAGUUGUU